AUGGAUACACAAGCAGGAAUAUCUCAGAAGGACAUCUAAUGUUAUCCCUGGAUUCUGAAAUAACAGAUGACAGUAGACAGGAUUCUCCAGGAGAUAACCCCAUUACCCCAAUUAUACAUCCAGCUCUGUCAGCUGAUCCCCCUGAUCCUGGGGAAUGUUCUCCUGAUCACUCUGAUAUUGGUGCAUCUGUUAUAGCUCUGAGAGUAGAUUCAGUGUUUCCCUGUUCUGUAGAUGCCAAAUGUUUUACACAAAACACAAACCUUAUUACUCAUCAGCCAGCUAAGGCAGGUGACAGGCCAUUUCCAUGUUCUGAGUGUGGGAAAUGUUUUACAUCUAAAUCAGAUCUUGUUAUACAUCAGAGAAGUCACACAGGUGAGAAGCCGUAUUCCUGUUCUGAGUGUGGGAAAUGUUUUACAUAUAAAUCAGAUCUUGUUAUACAUCAGAGAAGUCACACAGGUGAGAAGCCAUAUUCCUGUUCUGAGUGUGGGAAAUGUUUUGCAUGUAAAUCAGUUCUUGUUACACAUCAGAGAAAUCACACAGGUGAGAAGCCAUAUUCCUGUUCUGAGUGUAGGAAAUGUUUUGCACGGAAACCAGCUCUUGUUAUACAUCAGAGAAGUCACACAGGUGAGAAGCCAUAUUCCUGUUCUGAGUGUGGGAAAUGUUUUGCACACAAAUCACAUUUUGUUAUACAUCAGAGAAGUCACACAGGUGAGAUGCCGUAUUCCUGUUCUGAGUGUGGGAAAUGUUAUUCAUCGAAACCAGAUCUUGUUAUACAUCAGAGAAGUCACACAGGUGAGAAGCCAUAUUCCUGUUCUGAGUGUGGGAAAUGUUUUGCAUGGAAAUCACAUCUUGUUAUACAUCAGAGAAGUCACACAGGUGAGAAGCCGUAUUCCUGUUCUGAGUGUGGGAAAUGUUUUGCACACAAAUCACAUUUAGUUAUACAUCAGCGAAGUCACACAGGUGAGAAGCCAUAUUCCUGUUCUGAGUGUGGGAAAUGUUUUUCAUCGACAUCACAUCUUGUUAUACAUCAGAGAAAUCACACAGGUGAGAUGCCAUUUUCCUGUUCUGAGUGUGGGAAAUGUUUUGCACGCAAAUCACAUUUUGUUAUACAUCAGAGAAGUCACACCGGUGAGAAGCCGUAUUCCUGUUCUGAGUGUGGGAAAUGUUUUUCAUCGACAUCACAUCUUGUUAGUCAUCAGAGGAGUCACACAGGUGAGAUGCCAUAUUCCUGUUCUGAGUGUGGGAAAUGUUUUGCACGGAAAUCAGUUCUUGUUAAACAUCAGCGAUUUCACAGAUGAGAGGCCAUUUUCAUGCUGUGAGAGAAAUAAAUCUGCUCUUGUUGAACAUAUUAGACAUUACCCAAGUACGGAACCAUUUACAUCUUCUGGAGUAUAAUUAUCACUGUCGUCCAAUGUUCCUCAAGGGUGAAUCCGAUCUCUUAUGCUUUAUAAAAUAUACAUGCUACCACUGGGUGAUAUAAUCAGACGUCAUGGCCUGGUCUACCACUGCUAUGCAGAUGACCUGCUUUUUGCACCAUGUACUGAGAACCUAAUACCAAUCCUAAAUGGUUGUCUAGCUGAGCGCCAGGGGUGGAUGAUGCCAGUUGGCUGUGACUCAGUCUUUGUGAAACAUAAUAGGAGCUCACCAACAAAGGACAAGACUACAGCUUUACCAACCAUCUGGAUUUAUGCUUUGGUGUUCAGAAUUGCAAAAUACUGAACAUGUGCUGAAUCUUUGUGUUGUCCUGGUAUGUGGCUGACACAGACAUCAGGUAUACGCCACAUACAAAUCCUCGUUCUUUCAUCUGUGGACCAUAGCCAGAAUCAAGCACUUGAUUCCCUCAGAAGUUCAUAGACUACUGCAAUGCCAUCUACCUGGGUCACCCAGCAAAAGAAUUACAGAGAUUGCAGCUAGUACAGAAUGCAGCAGCCAAGCUGUUACCUAACCAGCUAAUUCCUGCCACAUAACACCCAUUCUCUACUCCCUUCACCGGCUGCCUGUAAGAUGACAAAUAUAUUUCAUAAUUGGCUAACUGACCUUCCCAGCCCAACAUUACAUGGUCCAAGGUACUAGAAGCAGCUCCUGCCUCCUUACUGCCCUGCUUGCUUCUACAGAUGAAGGACUGUUACCAGCAGUACCAAGAAUCUCCUGUCAUUCAUUUAUGGGUUGAACUUUUAGUUUUGCAGCCCUGACCAUGGAACUCACUGCCUUGCACUGUAAGAAGCCUCCACUCUAGAGACCUUCUCAAGCAGACUGAUGACUGUUACUCACGCUUUUCAUUAAUGUACCUCUAUUUACUUCCUAAAUAAUACAUCCCAAAUGCUUAGGUCUUUUUUCUGCUGUUUAUUUUGUAUCUUGUGCUUUGUGUAAAUGUGAAUGUCUAAUACCAGUUUGCACAAUCUAUAUUGCUGCACGACAAUAUGGCGGCCAUUGGAACGUGUUUUCACUUCUAGUUUACCUAACUUGUUGCAGACACUCAUCUUGAUCAGGAGUGCUGAGUGUUUUCUGAUACAAGAUCCUGUCCAUAUA